AUGAGUGUGAGAAGUGGUGAGAGGUUUAGGAGUGGAGGAUGUGGUAAUGGACAGUCAUUUUCUUCGAGUUUGCUUGAUGAAAUUUAUCGUUCGAUUGAUGAUGGAGGUGAUAAGAGAAGUGGAGAAUUGAAGUUUUAUAGACAGAAGGUGUUGAAGAAACAAGGUAAAGUGAUUGGGAAAGCGCAGAAUGAUGUUGAAGAUGAGGAGAUUGCGAGUCUACAUCGUGCUUUGUUGAUUGAGAGAUGGAUCGAGAAGAAGGUUGCUGAAAAAGUGAGUGCUCAAAGGAGGCGAUCUCUGACGGAAGGUGAGAUAAAAUUUCAGUUGUAUCAGCAUGAUCGGGAAGAAGACGUUCUGUUCUUUAGUUCAACUUCAAGUUCUUCCGAUUCUAGUUUCGGCGGAUUUUCAUCUUCAGAUACUGAAUCAAUGUAUGGUUCGAAAUCGUUGACGCCGUCUUGUUUUGCAAAGUUCAGGCCGAAGCCGAUUCGAACCAGCGUCUCGGCUCCACCGCCGGAGAAGACGGAGGCAAAGCAAAGACAGAGUAGAGAGAAGCCACAGUCCAAACAGAGUAAUCAAUUCGUUGAAAACAAAGAGAAAUCACGAGGUUUCGACGAGAACGCCAUGAUUAAAUCAAAAUCUAGGGCGUUGAAGAUUUACACUAAUUUAAAGAAGGUGAAGCAACCGAUUUCACCAGGAGGACGUCUCUCAAGUUUUCUCAAUUCAAUCUUCACCGCAGGAACACCAAAGAAGACAGGAAACUCCGUAUCAUCAACCACCGUCUCUGAAGAUCCAAACUCAGAAAGAAAAUCAAAAUCCGGCCAAACUUCCACUUGUUCUUCCGCCGCAUCGUUUUCCAGAUCAUGUCUAAGCAAAAACUCACCAUGCUCUAGCGAAAAACUACGCAAUGCCGAUAGAAGAACAGUCCGAUUCUAUCCAGUAAGUACAAUCGUAGACGAAUAUUGUAGACCUUGCGGACACAAAUCCUUAUACGAAGAAGAAGAUCCAAAAUUCCAAAUCAAGAACAAAGCCGAAACCACAGAAUCAACAAGCAGAAAAAAUACAACAGAUUAUCAACAACAAAUGAGGAAGAAAAACGAUUUCCUGAUUAGAAAUUUUCACCACCCGGACAAUGAUCUGUCGGAAGAAGACGACGAAACAGCCAGUUGUUCAAGUUCAGAUCUGUUUGAACUAGAUCAUCUGAGGGAAAUGAGCGGCGGCUGCGGCAAUCGGUACCGUGAAGAACUUCCGGUGUACGAAUCAACCACUCGUGUGGAUACAAAUCGAGCAAUCCGCCAUUGCUAA